AUGAUUCUACAUGUGGUGAUGUUCUUGCUCUGCCUGUCCCAAAAGGCCUUGGCGGAGGUCUCAUCUACAGAGGAUGGCUACAAUGUGAUCUCAGAGGAACAUACCAGGACACGCAGAGGACUAUCCAUAGACACCCUGACAAAGAACAUUACUACUGUGGUGGAGGACAAAAGCAAGUAUUACAUCUGGCGUUGCUUGGGUCCCGAGGAUCCGAGAGCACAUGAGCUGUGGGUGGAUAUGAGUGAUCUCGGGAACGGCCAGGUCCGAGUGCAUGGCAUUUUGUCCAAUUCCUACCAGCAGGCUGCUAAAGUGGCCCUAUCAUUCAACUUCCCCUUUUAUGGACAUUACCUAAGGCAGGUUACCAUUGCCACGGGGGGUUUUAUCUUCACCAGCGAUCUCAUCCACCGCUUGCUGACUUCCACACAGUACAUCGCCCCACUAAUGGCUAAUUUUGACCCAAGCCACUCCAAAGAGUCUUCAGUGCAGUUCAUGGAUAACGGCGAGGUGUUUGUGGUCCAGUGGGAGCGGGUCCGACUAUUCGGCAAUGAGUCAGCAGGGACCUUUACCUUCCAGGCUGCACUUUACAAGACAGGAACCAUCACUUUCAGUUACAAAGACGUCCCACUCUAUCCCGGUGACAUUGGCUCAGCUCAACACCCCGUGAAAGUUGGCCUCUCGGAUGCCUUUGCAGCCACUUCAUUUUCCCAUUCAGGUAUCAAGAGGCACACAUUAUAUGAAUACCACCGGAUUGAAAUUGACUUUGUUGAUAUCAAAAGCUCCUCGGCGGUGGAGUUCACACCAUUGCCUACCUGCCUGCAACAUGACAGUUGCGAGAGCUGCAUCUCGUCCAAUCAGACUUCCGACUGCAGUUGGUGUAACGUACUCCAGAGGUGUUCGGAUGGCAUGGAUCGACACAGGCAGGAAUGGUUGGACUUUGGCUGUGCAGGAGAGAACAAAGGGACAAAUUGUGAUGACUACCGUGAGGAUGACAGUCCUUUCACAACGGAAAUGUAUAAUGUGACUUCAUCUGUGUCACAAAAUGACUGCAAUGGUGACGAUGCAGAGCAGAACAUUCCUAGAAGUAAUGUUAAUCGGACUAACACGGCAGUCUUGGCGGGUGUCACGUCUGCUCUGGUCUUAGUCCUGGCUCUGUUUCUUGUGGCUCUGUACAUCAACUGCCACCACACUUCCGCAUCACCGCUUUACUUCAUCCAGCGACACAAGAGCUACUGGCCCUCCUUAAAGUUCCACAAGCAACAGCAACAGCAGCAGUCUGGCUACACAGAAUUUGGAGAACAGCAGGGGGAGCAGCGUGGUUGA